AUGGCCAAGAAGAACACCUGGGGACCUUGUCGCCAGUUGAAGACGGCGAAGGUCACUCGAGUGACCAACAGUCGUAUCAACAUCGGAUACAAUGAGCGGCAUCGGGCUGCACCAAAGACGAACCAACAUAGGUCAUUGGCCGAUGACAUUGGUCACGUCGUUCGGACCCAUUGCCCGAUGAAAUGGAAGUCUUUGAAGAUCAUGCCUGACGAGAGGAUGACGGGGACGAACUACAAUUUAGAGGAACUCGACGACGAGUCGUUGGUGUACGUCAACAGACUUUUUGCUGAGAGGUUCAAGCAAUGGAAGAGCGACUUGCACAACAAUUUUCAAGCAUUUGAUGAUCCACAUGUCGCUCUUCAGAAGGGUUGUCCGAAGGAGCUUGAGGGGCGGAAGGAUAGUUAG